AUGGCCUCCUACAUGCACGCGCCACCGAACUCGUAUCGAUACCCCCCGUACGUUCCUCCAGAGCCUGGCCUGACGCGCACCAGUAUGGCGUUCUGUGCAUCGGUAGACCUGCUCGUCCGGAACACUGGGCGAUUUGGCUCUGCUGCGGCUCUGUUCUUUGCUGCCACAACGAAGAGGCUGCAAACCUUGAACCACGAUAUCAGCAGAACAGCCCCGUUGCAUGCCUUCUACGCGGCGCAGGCGAACGGGCCGAAUUCGAGACACGAUAUUGUAAGACGGCGUAUCUUCAAGUGCGCUCAUAAAACGGAUGAGCAACUCCGCUACAUUCUUCAGUACGAACGGGAGCUGCCCGGCACGCUAAACUGGGCCCUCCAGCAUGCCUAUCGGCAGGGUCACCUCCAGAACCUGGUAAAAUUAGCCUCUGGCCCUGCGCAAACACACCGGAAACGUAACGAUGGCGCUGCCACUAAGAACACUUCGGCAUCGGCUUCCGGAUCAAGCAAGCCCGACAUGACACGGGACCAAGGAGGUCAAGCUCCAGAGGACACAAGCUUGAACUCGUUCGCGAGAGAGAAGACGCGGCAUCAUGCCAGGUUGGAUAAGCCGCGCACUGCGUCAAUGUCGACCUCUCAGACGUUCAACCGCACAUCGACGACCUUGGGCGAGGGGGCUACCAUACAACUGCAGCGUCAAACCUCCUUGGACACGCGAAGCCUGCGCGCCAUCGCUCCGCUACCUUCACGCGCUCGAAUUGUGCACCCUCCUCCUAUGGGGCAGCCAUUGACGAGAGAGCGUGACGAUGGGGUCCACAGCCGCCGAAUGCCUGCCGUUCAGAAUAAAAAGAAGAUCAUAGCUCCAUCCAGCGACGUUCCCGGAGAAGCAAGCGGCCGCAACCAGCAGAGAAACGCGAAGUUAGCCUCGUGCGGUCAUAACAAGCAAGCGACCCGCUCAGUGUUGGAAGAAUAUAUGUACGAACUGGAGCUGAUAGCGGAAGCAGCGGGAUACUUUGAUAUCGCCCGACUUAAAAUCCGGCUGGAGAAGCUCAUGUCUGGUUUAUCUUAUUUCUCGAAGCGGCUGUUGGACAACGUCAUGAACGCAGUCAAUUGCCACUUGAUCUUCACUUUUUCCGAGGAGUUGCAAAACGGGUUUACUGCGGAGCUGAUCGAACUGAGCGAGCCUCUACGACGGAAGGCGCAGGAUGCUGACCAAAAUGGACGACUUGCGAGAGUCUAG